AUGGCUAUGAAUAAUCAAUUCACUCCUAUUGAAUAUCUUGUUAUUGAUCAUUUUUGUUCGUUGAACGAACUUGCAUCUUUAAUUUCUUAUACACCACAACUUCGCUGUCUAAUUCUUCAUAAAGGAAAAUCGAAUGAUUCUAAUAUUAUGGUAUUAUUAUCAUCAAUUACUUUAGCUAAUCUAAAGUGGAUUUAUUUGAAUUUAUGUCAAACAAUAUUUAAUGAACUAGAAAUAUUCAUUACAAAAAUAUUUCCAAAUUUAAAAAGUUUAUCUAUUAUUGAAUCAGAAGAUAUUACUUUUCUUGAUGCUCAUCGAUGGGAACAAUUAAUUUUAAAUUAUUUUUCUCAGUUAGAAAAAUUUUAUCUGAUAUACGAUGAUUAUGUUGAUAAUGAACAAAAAUAUCCAAUAUAUACUCGAAGACCGAACUAA